AUGAGUUUUAGAACGAGAAUUCCAAUUGCGUAUUGGUUGGUUUUAUUUCUUUCUUUUGUUCAUCUUAUUGCUUCAGAAGAAACGGUAACUUUCACCAAAACUAACUAUAUAACACCAGGUUGUUUCCAACAAGGAAUCAAUACUGUUUUAGCGAACAACCCACAAAGUUUAACAACCGGUAUUCCUAUCGUUUUCGUUUACGGAAACCAAGAUGAUAAUGAUGCUAAGCAGGGCAAUGGUCUGCAAGCAGGUGAUGUCCAACAAGGUAAUGAUGCUCAACAAAGUGCUGUUCAAAGCAAUGGUCAAGUAAGUAAUGCUGUCCAUGUGCAACACGCCUCUUCUGGAAGUCAAGAGAGUCAAAAAGUUGUUGUUACUUCUUCUAAGUUGUCAUAUGCUGUCAGCACUGAUUCCACUGAAACUGCAACCAUUACCACUUGCUCAGAUAACCUCUGCUCCAUUUCUACUACUGUUAGAGUUGUUCCACACACUUACACGACUGAUGCUGUUGUUACAUACACAACCACGGGCUCUAAAGACAAGCAAUCAAACGCCAGACUGUCUGCUGGCAAGGAACAAGCAAACUCUAGAAGUACUGAAUAUGAUUUUGAUACAGAAACAGACCAGGAUACUGUUGAAGCAGUAAUUAGCAAGGUUGCUAAGACUACAACUAGAACUAUUUUCGAAGCUACUACAACUCCAACUACCACAUAUGAAGGUGAUACUUCUUACGAAUCUAUUACCUCCACGAAAAAGAAUCCAUUAGUUACCAAGUCGGCAAUUUCAAAGUCAUUGACUAAAACAAUUGAUACUUCUAAAUUUACAGACCUUACAAUUAGUGAUUCGGAUCCAAAGUCCAAUAGCUCUAAGCAUGCUAAUGGUACUCAAAGCAUUCCAAUGUCAUCUACAUUGAACUUGAGUGACGAAUAUUCUCAAGCUCAAUCUACUCAAGCUCAAUCUAGGUCUAAAGCACAAGCAUCGCAAUCCCCAUACUAUUCAUACUAUAAUAGAUCAUCCAGUGUUGGAUCAUCUAGUAUUGCUUCAUCCAGUAUUGCUUCAACUGCUAUUCCAACUUCUUCUCAAGCGGCUAUAAAUGGAUCCAUUUCAUCCAACUCCACCAUCGCUAUUACUUCCAUUUUAUCGAAUGGUUCAAGCACAGUGAUCUCCUUGACUUCAAGUCAUGCUGAUAUCUCAAGUUCGAGCUCCUCAUCAUCAAGUACCUCCUCGUCCUCAUCCAGUCUUCUUGGAUCAAAGGCUUCCGUUAAUGGCUACUCUGGUGAUUUAUUUGACGCUAUAUCGACCGAAAGUCCACUUUCAGUUUUCCCAAGAAAGGAAUUACCAUUAUCUAUUCCAAGUGGCGUGGAUAAUGAUGGUGUUCCAUAUGAAACAAAUAAAUUCUAUUCCAACUUAUUCUUAGGAGAUCAAACAGAUAUGAUCUGGUCGUAUCCAUACGGUAUGUUAUGGAAGACUCAAGACUAUUAUGGUUUCGGUGUUCAACAUUCAAAUGCUUCCGACAGAGUUUUCGGAUCCACUGAUACCAAUAACAAAGGAGUCUCAUCUUAUUACUUUAACCCAAUCGGUAAUGCUGAGUUAAUCUUUUCUUCUACAUCAUUUUCGAACUCUUCAAAUCAUAUGUCUGUUUCAAACAUGAGAAGUAUGUCUGCAUUAGUUCAAUUGUCUGAAAGCUCGACAGUUGGAUCAGACUACGUUGAUAUUCCAAUUGUGCAAGGUAUGGGUUUAGUUACAGCAAUUUAUAACGGUGAUUUGGUUCCAAUGUUAAACUCUUUAAUGGGUGUUGAAGAAUUAACCGAAGAAAAAUCAUCGGCCUUGACUAAGAACAUAUCUAAAUAUCGUGCUACUUUGGUCAACGGUGUUGAAUGGUUGAUCUACGUAACGGUUCCAAGCGGUUCAAAAAAUUUCAACUUAACUGCAGAAAGUCCAUAUAAGAUUACAGGUUCGACUGCAAUCGAUGGCCUUAUCAUACAAAUUGCUGUCGCUCCUGGUAGCUCUUCGGCUGAGGGAUAUUACGACGAAGCAGCUGGUAUGUACGCAACAGAUGCAUCUGUCGAAGGUUCAGUCUCUGGAGGAUCAUCUGCGGAAUACAAAUUUGUUUACACAACAAAAGGUACUUCAAGCUCUGGUAAAACUAUAGUCUUUGCCUUGCCACAUCACGUUGAAUCAUUAUCUAGCACAACUAAGGAAAGUUCUACUGGUAUCAAGUUAACUUCGACUACUAAAGGUGAUAUGUACGGUUACCUAACUAAUGAGUUAGUUAUGUCUGAAACUUUAGAAACCGGAAUCCAAUUCUUACCUUGGGUCCAAAACAUGGGCAGCGAUUUGUCAUAUACCAGUGAGCAACUUACCUUAUUAGCUAAAACUGCUAACGAAGAAUUAAGUGUUGAUAUAAAAGAAACGGUUGAUUCCAUGGAUUCCAUGUAUUAUUCGGGUAAAGUGCUUGAUAAGUAUGCUUAUAUUUUAUUGGUUGUUAGCGAUAUCCUUAAAGACGAAGAUGUUACAAACUCUACGUUAGCAGACAUGAAAGAUGCAUUCGAAUCUUUUAUCAAGAACGAAGAAUACUACCCAUUGAUGUACGAUACCAAAUUUGGGGGUGUUACCUCAAGUGCCUCUCAAGGUGGUGAUACAGGACUCGAAUUUGGUGCUGCCUAUUACAAUGAUCAUCAUUUCCAUUAUGGUUACUUCGUCCAUGCCGCCGCCGUUGUCGGUUACGUUGAUAAAAAAUUAGGUGGUACUUGGGCUGAAGAUAACAAGGAAUGGGUCAACUCUUUAAUUAGAGAUGUUGCAAACCCAACUGAAGAUGAUUCCUACUUCCCUGUUUCUAGAAUGUUUGACUGGUUUGCUGGUCAUUCGUGGGCCAGUGGUUUAUUUGCUAGCGGUGAUGGUAACAACGAAGAAUCCUCUUCCGAAGAUUAUAACUUCGCAUACGGUAUGAAGUUGUGGGGUCAGGUCUCUGGCGACAAUUCAAUGGAAUCAAGAGGUGACUUGAUGUUAGCUAUCAUGAGCAGAGCUAUGAACAAAUAUUUCUAUUACAAGGAAGACAACACCGUGGAACCAUCUAAAAUCCUUGCAAAUAAGGUCUCGGGUAUUUUCUUCGAUAACAAAGUGGCCUAUACCACUUAUUUCGGCACACCAGCUGAUCAUCCAGAAUACGUUCACGGUAUCCACAUGUUGCCUAUCACUCCGGCUUCAUCUUUAAUAAGGACUCCCUCUUACGUCAAAGAAGAAUGGGACGACCAAAUCUCUACAUUUAUUGAUGACGUUGAUAGCGGCUGGACUGGUAUUUUGCGUCUUAACGAAGCUUUGUAUGAUGCUUCUUCUUCUUAUAAAUUCUUCUCUUCCGACAAUUGGUCCUCUACCUACUUAGACAAUGGCCAAAGUAGAACUUGGGGAUUAGCAUUUUCUGGUGGUAUCUCCAACGCCACAUAA